AUGGGACUGUUGGUGUUUAUGCGUAACCUGCUGCUAGCCCUCUGCCUCUUUCUGGUACUGGGAUUUCUGUACUAUUCUGCUUGGAAGUUGCACCUUCUCAGAUGGGAAGAUUCAAAUUCAGUGGUUCUUUCCUUUGACUCCGUUGGACAUACAAUAGGCUCAGAAUAUGACAAACUGGGCUUUCUCCUGAACCUGGACUCAAAAUUGCCUCCAGAAUUGGCAUCAAAGUAUGCAAAUUUAUCUGAGGGAGUGUGCAAGCCUGGUUAUGCAUCAGCGCUCAUGACUGUCAUCUUCCCAAA